AACUGGAUCGGCUGGUGUAAUAGCGAACCAGACACGAAAGCAAAAGGAACCGUUGCUUAGGGAUUCGUGCAGCUUCCAUUAUGAGAUUUUUAAUCAUUUCAUUUGUUUUAUCUUUUGGAAUCGUCUUUGGAGAAGAUAUACCGACUUUGCUUCCAGUUGAUCCAUUUGAUCCAAACGGCGAUGCUGCUCGACUAGACGACGCAAUGAGCGGUUUGGGAACAAACGAAGACAAAAUUAUUAGUGUCCUUUGCUAUCGAACCGCAUCGCAAAGGGAUGUCAUCACGACUACUUACAACAAUCAAUAUGGCAGUUUGGCCAGUGAUCUCGAAUCCGAAUUGUCUGGUAACUUCAGAAUGCUGUCUAUUAUGCUUACUCACAGUAUGAUCAAGUUCCUAAGCAUUGAACUGCAUGAAACAAUGGCUGCAGUUGGAACAGACGAGCCGUCGCUGACCGAAGUAAUGAUAAGUAGGUCUAACCAAGAACUAGCGGACAUUCAAGUGUUCUUCAACAGCUAUUAUGGACACACUCUUGUGUAUGAAAUCGAAUCGGAUACGUCUGGCCCUUACCGCCGACUUUUGAUACAGAUAGCCGAGGGACGUAGGGAUGAAACCAAUCUUGUAGAUAUGGCUGCAGUUCAGAAAGAUGUCGUCGAUUUGUACGAAGGAGGUCCCGCGAUGGAAGGAACCAACGAGCUUAUUUACGUAGACAUUUUUUCAUUGCGCAAUUAUGUUCAUUUGAACCAAGUUGCUAUCCUUUACGAGUCCACUUACGGAAUCCCGCUCAGCACCGUUGUCACCACGGAAUUUGCGGACGAUAUGGGAAAUGCCCUCGUAUCCAUCUUGCAAUACAGCAGCGAUAAAGCCGUCUACUUCUCGUCGCGUUUCUUCACUUCUAUUGCUGGCGUUGGUACAGCAGAUCGUGACCUGAUGCGUUUAACAGUCAGCCGUUGUGAGAUUGACCUCGGCAAUAUCAAGAAUGCAUAUCAAUUAGUAUAUGGAGAAUCACUUAGUAGUGCAGUUUCGAGUGAUACUUCUGGAUCUUACCUCACAGCGUUACUCGCAUUGAUUGAAUAAACAAUUUUAUACUGUUG